AUGGACACAAACACGACGAGCGCCGCCAGCGGCAUAGACGCGACCCCAGCCGGCAGCAACCCCACCGUCAACACGGACUUCAAAGCCGCCGCCAACGGCGCCGACACCAGCGCCAUCGACGACGACCUCGGCGACAACCACCACGGCGGCCUGCAGAUGCACGACCCCUUCGGCGGCGACAAGCUGGACCGGAUCGCCGGCGACGACGACGACAUGCACAUGCCCGGCGGCUCGUCGUCAGCAGGCGGCGGCGGCAGCGGCGGCGGGUCGCCCACGCGCGACCGUCGUCAGAGCAAGGAGUGGGAUGCGAGCAAAGUCCCGCCGUCGCGGUUCCAGAAACGCAGCGGCAGCAUCUACUCGACGCCGAGCAGCCGUGAUGCUCACUUGACCGGCACCGGGUCUGAGAGGGAUAAGGGGUACUGGGAGAAGAUGAAGGAGAAGGGCUGGAUUAAGAAAUAG